AUGAAGAGAAAGACCUUCGUUACUCUAAACACAAGUGAAGGCUCGCUCAAAGUAAAAAGGCACGACGUCAUUUUCACCAAUCCUCAGAAUGGAAAUUUAGAGCAGGAGGAAGGCGAAACUUCGUGCCAUCACAUCACCAUCACCGAAGAAUCCGAAGAAGGUAUGACCGAAGAGGAAGUGGAGGACGCUCCACAAGGUCUAGAGGACGGUGGACGAGCUAAAAGAGAUAUGAAUGGCCCUCAUAGACGAGGAAAUGACGACAUUUCAAUCCCUAAAAGGGAUAUAUUACUACAAGAAACCUUAAGGUUGUGGGUCAUGUUCUUUGAUGGUGCGACACAGAAAAGUGGUGCGGGGGCAGGUAUCGUCCUCAUUUCGCCAGAAAAGCACAUGUUGCCUUAUAGCUUCACACUUGCUGAGUUAUGCUCGAACGUCGCUAAAUACCAAGCCUUGAUAAUUGGUCUCCAAAUGGCCUUAGAGAUUGGGGUAGCUUGUAUAGAGAACUUCGGUGACUCAAAGUUGAUAAUCAAUAAACUCUUAUGCCAGUACGAGGUGAAGCAUGACGACUUGAAACCGUACUUCACUUACGUUCGCCAGUUGAUGGAAAAGUUGAAAGUGUGA